GUAUGGGGGCCGUGGUAGGCCUCGGUAAGGUAAUUCACCCUUUUUAUCGGGUUAAAGGGUAAAGGUGUCAACAUGCCAAGGGGUAAGGUAAUGGGUAGGGUAAAUGUAGCUCGGAAGAAUUACCACGUAGGGUAAAGGUAGCGCGACGUAUUACCCGGUAAAAAUGGCGCAGUCCGUGGCCUCCAUUUAAUAAGUAAUAUUUAUUUUACACUUUUUUUUUUAAACACGCUUUUAUGAAAUGUACUAGUAAUGGCAGAACUCCACGACUCCAGGAAGUGGCCCCGAAGCUUGCCAUAACGUAAGGGACCGUGGUCAAUUACAGCCAACAUUUGAGCAUGGACAAUUAGACCCAAGCCGAAACAUAACAUAUAACAAAUAAUGUUUAAAAAUAUAGAUUUUUUUAUGAUAGAAUAUAGUAUUGUCAUCAGUAUGACAUAAGUAUACCAAGUUUGCAGUCGAUGCCACAUUGAGAAGUGGGUUAAAAUUGAGUUACAAGAUUUGAGGAUACAACAACGACAACAAUGACAAGCGUGUAAAAUUGGAAUCAUCGAGAGUAUUCUAUAUGAAUAAAGCACUCUGCCUAGCAUUUACCAUUAUAAACCUUUUUCAUGUGUAGUAGUACCCCAGUAAUUACCCUGUAAUCAGAUCAUUUGUAUGGGGUAAGGGUAAAAGGUAGGGUAAAGGUAGGCUCGUUGAUUUUUACCUUGUUAAAGGGUAAAAGGUAGGGUAGAGUGAUUGUAUUGUGGUAGGGUAAAGGUUGGCUCGUUAUCUUGCCUUGCCGAGGCCUAGGCCAUGGGUAUGGGGGCAUUGAAAAGCACGGGGGCAGGGGAACGUUAUUCAGAGACCGGUCGUAGAGGUUAAGAUGCGGAGGGAGCGCGGUCGAGAAAGCACCCACCGAGGAGAUGGAGCAAUGAAACGUGUCGGUGAAAAAGCGAGAUAGAUGGUAGGUUCCAUUAAGAACGAGUGAAUUAUUAAUUAAAUACGUGCCCCAGUAUCUUUUUGUCAUCAAAUGCUCCCCAUUCAUCAACUCCCCGUGGUGAGUGAUGGGGCAGUUGUGGAGAGAGUGGAGAAGUUUCCGUACCUGGGCAGUGUUGCAUUUGACCGGCUCUGAUUUGGCAGCUGAGGUCUCGCUCCGAAUCAGUCGAGCAGGCAUUUUCUUUUCAUCGGCUGCAUAACGCUGUGUGGAAGCUACCUGGUCUGUCGCUCCACGCGAAGCUCCAUGUCUUCUCGGCCAAAAGUCACGCCAUCCCUUCUCUAUUGCUUGCGAGACGUGGAGCUCUCUAAUGGAACUUUUGCACUGGUUGGAAAUAGUCUGGCUACAUUUGUGCGAGGAGUUCACAGAUCCUUGAAAGAUUUGGACACAGUUCCAUCCGUGAGCUCCUCCCGGCAAGCGAUACUGUGUUGGCUGGGUCAUGUAGCCCCAUGCCCAGCCACCGCACGCCGAAGAAGCUUCUGUUUGGCCGGAUAGAAGGGGCUAAACGAGAUGGAGUGAUGUGGUACAGAAGGAUGCGGAGCUGAUCGGACUUUCCUAUGACUGGUACCAGCAGUGUCAAGAUCGGCCCCUGUGGAGUAGGUUCGUGAAGGACGUUGCUUGGGAGUUGAAGGCAAGUCAGUCACCCUCCAGCAACAGCGAGGCAGAGGAGCGACACAGUUGGUUCAAUCUGCCAGCCAUCUCAAGUCAAUCCAUGUGCCUGUUGUGUGAACUGCCAGCGGGACUCCGACAUUUUACGUGGCCUCAAAGUGCACCUAGCAUGGCACAAGUGCCGCAGUGACGUCACCGCCACUCAGUGGUGAACAGCGUUUGUAUUAAUGAAUGAGAGAGUGACUUGACGUCAUAUUGAUUGCGUGUACUCUUUCUGCUGAUGACGAUCAUGGCCCUUCUGAUGUUCCUUAAAUUGCUCUUGAUACUUAUUUUUCUGAUGUUGCUGCUCAUGCUUCUACUGCUGAUGCUGCUGUAGGCUCUGCUGGGCCAGAGACGGCUGUGCUCGUGGCUGCUGACACUUGAGACGGCUGCUGCUGUUGGACAAAGCCCAUUCACCUCGGUGUCCACCCGUGCCAGCGCCAACCGUGCUAAUCAGAGGUGCGGGGGAAGGACGACAUCGCUGGGUGUUGCCGCUGUGCGUGUGCGCCACAGAGCCAGUGCGCGCUACCCGCUCUGCGGUGACUCAUCUGCGCCGGAGCUACACCGCAGUGCAGACAGGGUUGCCACGUCUUGAGAGGUGACAAAACCGAGGUGAGGGCGAACGAACAGAUAUGUGCAGCGUCAGUGCCGGUGGUGCGUCUACGCGCCUGGCUGCUGAUGUCGUAUGUCAGCACGGCUGCCUCGGCGUUGCGGAAGAAGAUAGGGGUGAGCAUACGGUGACGCUCCUGCCCGGCCGUGUCCCAGAUCUCAAGGCGCACCGGCGCCUCCUCCAGGUGUACCACGUAGCUCUGAAAGGCGACUGCCGAAAGGAAGCCAAGCGGAGAGGGGCGCAAAAUGAUAGACUCAACAAUGUUUGACCUUCGACCCAUUUACCAAGGAGAGUUCAUUGACCGGACGCCAGGCAUCAGAAGCGCAGGGAAGUUUCGUCCUGCAGGAGACCGCGCCUCGCAGUGCCUAAACCACUCGGAUGCACAAGUAAACGCGCCACUCGGGGUUCGUGUGAAUUCCAGCGUGGCAUCUUCACUGGUGCACGGCAUCCGCUCAAGGCCAUCGCUGAGCGUCGGCGAGCUACUGAGCCCGCGGCCGAGUAGCACCCUCCAUCAGAGGUCACUGGAGCAGAGGGAAGGCUUCUGGUGGGGUGGUGCACGUGCCCCAUUGGGUCGCUCGUCACAAAGAGGACCAGGGCUGCCGACCGGCUUGCACCCCUACACCACCACCUUCGGGCGGUCCACUGCCUCUGAAUUCUCAGCUGGCGAAGUCAUAAACCCCCCAAAAUCCUGGGACAAGGUGGACAGUGAAUAUCAGAAAGGUCAUGACCUGUACGUUCGGACUCACAAUUCCUACCACGUCGGCGAGGUUAUCGAUCGUGGCUAUGACUGGAGCUGCUUUGGCCGAGACAGCAGAUUCGGCAGAGCCACGCCUCAUCAUGCAGAUGGAAGGAGUGUGGCCCAGGCACAGACGUGGAUACAAAAUACAUCGCAGCAGCUGAAGCGACUGGAGGACUUCAGGAGGAGAACUCGGCCAAAGUUGGGGAAAGUCCUCGAUCCAAUCGCAGACACCUUGGAUGUGCUACCAGACCACACGUUUGGUCUGCCGGUUGAACCUGACAAAUAUGGAGCCGGGGACCUCGUGCACCGGCGUCCGCGGCAUGAGUGGCUGCGUGGCUCUGAGCGCCAGCGCGCCCUCUUAGCUGCCGUUCGGCACUGCCUCAAGGUGGCCAACUACAACAGCUUCCCAAGCCUACUGGAUGCUUUCCGCCACUACGACAGGAACGGUGACGGAAAAAUUGACGCAAAGGAGCUGCAGGUUGUGUGCUCAGAGCUUCGCCUCCCCGUGAAGCCCGCGCUGCUCCAGGAUCUUGUCAGAUACUGCGAUGUGGACCGGGAUGGUUUCAUCAACUACCUGGAAUUUGCAAACUUCCUCAACUGGAAGCAAGCGCUGUCGCUUAGUCCACAGGAGGAAAGAGCGGUCAACGGUGCAGACGAGCGGAACGUAGCUGCCUCGAUGGAGUCUACUCAUGGAAGAGACAAAAGUGGCAAGAGCAGCAUGGAACUGAUUGAGCCACGAGGCCUUGCGCCCAGGGGCCCGAACGUCCCAUCGUUCACUCCUCUCAAUCUCACGAAGCAGGUGGACAGGAUGCACGGGCGUUACUGCACCUCGUCCUCCCUCGUGAAUUCCGCCAUAGGCAGGGCAUCAUCUGCGGGUUGGCACACUUUUGGCGUUCCAUCUGUCCGCACUGACUUGCCAGCACCACGGGUGCGCCACUUUGGAGACAGGACCAACUACGGUGAAGAGUCGGACGUGGCUGGGCUCCUUAACCCAUCUGUGUAUGCCCUUCACGGGGUCUACGAAGCUGACUUCCUCACCCCGCGCAACCCCAACCAGAUCCAGCAGAUCCUGCGCAACGCUGGGGUGGAGCUUAGUGACGGCGCUUUUGAAGAUGCGUGGACCACGGCCGCGGCGCAGAACCCACGGGGAGAAGUGUCUGUCGAGAGCUUCCGCAAGGCCUUGGGCACGGCCAGCUAGGCAGGGUUGUUGUGAGGAUGUGCCAAAACCUACUCGCCGUCAAAGAGUGGCAUUGUCACGAAAUUGUGUAACGCCCUAGCACGAUGACACUUUUGCAAACAUGCACGAAUGAAACAAGUUUUCCCCUUGUGCAAGGAAUGUUUGAAUAAUAAAAUGAAGCUAAUUAAAGUGGCAUUAGCUGCAUACGUUAUUUGUCAUAUGGCGUGGUAUAAUAAUUGAAGACUGGAAAUCCGUACACUUUUAUCUAAAAAAUACCCCCCAAAAAGUUGUCAAAGUGUUGUGUAGUGACGAUGUAUUUGAUAGGAUUUUUUUUUUUUGCAACAACGUUAGUGCUAAAAUGCAGCAAUUAUGGGUCAUUAAUUUUUUUAAUGCAUUAGCUUUAUAAAUGUUGUGACCGUAGCCCUCGCUACUGUAAAAGUUUUAGAGUGCACAAUGCACUCAUAAACGCAUUGUACUCAUCGUCUGUGCUUGCCUUUCAUGCAUAAGUCUUGGGGGCCACCAUUAGUGGAAGCAAUAAACAAUAUUGGCAUACACUACACAUACACUGGCACUCACAUGAACAAUUUAUUGUUACAACACAAUUACUCAGAUUUGUUUGUAGUUUGUGCGCAUGAAUCAUUUACUGUUUGUUUAAUUAAGUCUCCCUUUGUGUUUACUGUAUCCAAAUAUACCCUUGUGAUGUGAAAUAGAAAAACACCAUAAACUAGAGGAUGGCUGCUUGCGUUGUGGCCGAAACGUCGUGAUAAUUGUAUCUUAUUAUGUUUAAUUUUUAUUAUUUUAUUAUUUACCUUCUACGUGACUUUACCGAAAGAACCAAGAAUAUGAAUCCAUGCAGUCACGAAAGCUUUAAAUCGAAAUUUAGAAAUUGUUUGCCAAUUUUUGUGGCCUAUGGUUUCAAUGAAGUGAAUACUGUGAGAUGCAUUGUGA